GGUGAACCGGCCGCUGACGAUGAAGAAGGAGGGCAUCCAGACGAGAAACAGGAAGCUCUCGUCGAAAAGCAAGAAGAAGAAGGCCGGCGGCUGCCUAGGCCUCGGUGGCGUCAUGGGCGACAUGAUCAAGGCCAGCGGACACCUUGAUCUCGACAACAAGCCCUUCCACUCAGGAUUUGGAUCGCCGAUGGGUACAUCGCAGCAUCAUCACACGAUGCAUCCGGCGAUGCAGCAUUACAUGUAUCACACGGGUGUCGGCGUGGCCGGAGGUCUUCAUCAGGGAUUUGCGCCACCGGCGCCGCCCCCCAUCCACCCGCACUCGCAUUCGCAUUCCCAUUCUCAUCACAUGACGAGUCUUCAGGGUCUGCAGCUGGCGGCCACGACGAACGCAAUGACCGGCUGGCGAUCGGAGUACACAUGAAUCGCGAGUGACUAGCAGCUCAGGACGCAGCCCACCACUGUCUCGUUGUAAUGUAAAAAAAAAAAGAAAAAAAAACCAGAAAAAAAAGAAAACUAAACACACACAAAACCGCUCCUCUUCUCUUUCUCGCACGCGGGCCACCUCGCCAAGGGGCCACGAUCGAUCACCGACACGACACCGAAAAUCCCGACGCGCGGGAUUCUGGGACUCACAACGUCCUUGUGCACUGGCCGUAAAAAGAGCGCGCGCGCCUGUCGGAUCUUUCUCAAGUGAAAGCUCAUGUAAAUAUGUAAAGUUUCAAUGUAGGGCCAUCGAGCCCCGGCCCCAAGUACAAAGGAAAAAAUCAGCUAUUGUAUUGAGUCUUAUAUAUGAUAUAUAGCAUGUAAAUAAAUAUAUAGAUACAAGAAUUUAUAUUAUGUGCGCGUGUACCGAGCGUGUGUGUAUGUGUGAGCGAGUGCAUGUGGGACGAGCGUAUGCGCGUGUGCGUGAUGAUGACCUGUUUUAGGUGACUCCUCGGAGCGAUUCUGGGCGAGCGAUCUCUGGCCGGACCGUCCGGACCGUCGCGCGGGACCGUAACACGUUGCGGUCCGCCCGCGCGACGGUCCCGACGGCGCAAAAAAAAAAAAAUCCGCUGGAUUUCCACGCUUCGCGCCCAAAAUCGGUUCCGAGUGCGAAGAGUCGCGCGGAGUGCCGCGAGUGCGCGGGGUUCCGGAACGGAAGUCCGCGGGCACGGGAGUCGACGCGGUUAUCGUGCAAUUUCAAAGGAAGAUGUUUAUUAACGGGCGUUCGUAACUCGGUGCGGGAUCGUUUGGACGUUCCUCAGAGAUCCCUCGCCGUCGGUCGAGUCGCGCGCCGACGAGUUUCGCGUGGUCGCGUGUGCAGAGUUUCCGAGGGACUCGUCGAAGCUGCGAUGUGUCGUACGGCCGCAAUUAAACGUAACGGCAAUUAACAGUCUCGCAAACGUAAUUUACGAAGCUCGCUAUAUCCUACGCGGACUCUUUCGAAAGAGAGAACGUCGUAGCGUUCCCUCUUUUCAAAGAGCGACUACUUUUCACUAUGUAGCAAUCUAGAUCGUUAAUUAAAAAAAAAAUUGAUGUUUCUCCUUCCGGCGGCUUAAAGAACGCAUUUUUAAUCAAGUAGACGCGAGCCAGCAAUAAUCGAGGGGGGCGUGUUCGAUCGCCCGGCGCAGUGCGCAGUUUUUAGAGAACAUUUAUAAUACAGCCAAUAUAUCGCGCGCGCGGAAUUCAGUCCCUUUCCAAAGAGUCGAUCGAACUUCACCGAUCAACGCGAGAAACGCAAUUUAUUUCCCAGGAAUUGAAACGCCUUUCCACGAUAUCUCGAAGUGAAUUGAGCAUCGGUCGCGGGAUCAACACACACCGGUAGUCUCCGAAAAUCGAGCUUUUUCCCCAUUUUGUUUUUCUUAGGAUUUUCGAUUGUAUACCUUGCCUCUAUCUGUCCACUGUCGGCGUCCAUUGGUCCAGCACCGUUCUGUGUGUCGUACCCGGUUAGUGAUAGUUUACGUAAGUGUAAUAAAAAACAAGCGCGUAGAAUAAAUUCGUAAAUUAUAUACAGAAGCCUCCGACGAUCGCGAUCGAUCGGCUCAACCCGAACGCGUCGAUGCGAUCGCCGGAUCGCACGAGCGUUUUAGCUUCAUAAUUUAGUCACGGCGGACACACGAAGAAUCCACACUUACACAUUCACACACGUAUACACACACUGAACAGCAACAGUCAGCGCGCAAGAAACACGAGAAAUACGCGAUUAAAAGGCAAGUGUAAAUUUUGUAUCUUCGAAAUUGUGUAUCGUUAUUGUAAUAAUAUAGUAUAUAUAUAUAUAUGCAAAUGAAAAAGAAAAUAAAAUAUAUGUAUUAUAAAUAUAUAUUGGAACACGCGGGGCGGGCGACCGUCGCGCGCAUUAAGUGAUUGUGCAUAAUUAGCAACUAAUUGCGCAUCAUAAACAACCAUGCAUAUAAAUAGUCAACAGGAUAUAAUUGAAGACUCAUCGGCGAGUGAACACACGACGCACGAGAUGUCGUACAGAGGUGAGACGCGCCGGGUGAUCAUUAGCAUUGUCAUUAUCGCUAUCGGUCAUCAUCGGGUCGAUUGUCCAUUGAUUGAUCGCUACUCGUGAAAAACUCACUCGCUUGGGUUCUCCGAACACAUUGUGAUUUUUCGAUUUUAGAGGUUUUACCACUCGCGUAUGUUUUUUGCGACUAAAUAGACGUACAUAGGUAAUUACGAAGGUGAGAAGGGAGGAGAGAGUUGAAAAGGGGGAAAGAGAGGGCAGACACGACGUUCGUGAUUUCGGGAGGAUAUCGCGCGGUAUCUUUUCCUCCCGCCGCGAGGACGUAAAACGAAGCGGGGCAAGGUGGCCCUUCGGGAUCCCACGGGGGGACGACGAGUGGCGGCGAUUUUCCAAAAAGACUGAGGGGACGAAAGCAAAAAAGAAAAGUCGAUAUCGAUGGUCAUUUUCGUGCGAGGUCUUCGCGCGUCCAGAUCGGAAAGGGGGCCGUGGGAGGAGAGGAAGGAAGCAUCUAUUAAUAGUAUUAUUAGGAAGUAGCGUGUAGCCCUGUGUAAAAACAAAUAAGAAAAAUAUAUAUAUAUAUAUAUGAUUUUUAAGAGAGGUCGAUCGCAUCCGCACAAACGCGCGAGAAGAGAGUUAACGGUGGGUGAAAAAUUAGGGGGUGCGACGAGACGACGAGAGAGAGGACUUUGAGGGAGAAAGGGGGAGAAAGAGAUGAAGAGUGCCGGAGCGAUCCUUUCGCACACGCGGACGUACGGCGAGGAUGUUUAUUGGAUGUAAAAAGUGACACAUUGUAAGAUACCAUUGUAAAAAGAGGUUUUAACUUAAAAUAAAUUAAAUGAUAAAUCACGCAUA